AUGGAAGUCUCUCUCAUCAGGUUUCUUCUCAUCAUCCUCAGACCCUCACAGUCGUCAGCAACACCAACCAGUCAAAACCAACUUUCAAUACUUCAGUCGCCAGACAAACUACCAAGUCAGCCAACCUUACACCUCCAAUACCUUUUGACACUGCUAACCUCCAGCUCAGCCGUAAAAAUGAUGUUCAACCCCACCACCAUCUUCACCGCCAUCCUCGGUGCCACAUUCCUCGUCGCUCCGGCCAUCGCCGCGCCGGCGGAGGAGGUCGCUGCCCCUCUCGCAAAGAGAGUCUGGCUCAGCAACAUCGACGUCCAGGCUGCCUGCAAGGAGCAGUACACCAACGAGUACGUCGCUAUUGACAACGGCAACGGGUGCGGUGCCUGGCAGUGUGUGAUCAACAACAACCGAUACAGCGUCAACAUGGACAGCUACUGCGUCCGCCACCACGGUGGUGAGGCCUAUGCCAGCUGCGGCGGUGGCACCAAGUGGGACUGGCAGUGCCAUGACCGCUCUUGA